AUCUCUUGCAUUCAAAUAGGGGAGGUUGUUCAUCGUGACAACCGGCUUAUAGUAGUGGGGAACCUUUGCAAUGCCCGCCUCUUUGUAGCCGCCCCUUGGUGACGAAAUCUAAAUCAAUUCGUUGAGUAUCAGCUUUUGUACUGCUCAUUCUUACAACUAACAUGAUCAUAUAAACUCAGAUUUGUUUUUUUAUCUGCUAUUUUUGAUUCGCACGAAAUUUGUUUUUAUGUUAGUGAAUCAUUUCGUCUUGAAAAUAACAAAGUGAAAGUGUAUGAAAAAUAUUAUGAAUAUGUUAAUAGUGUUAUGCAAAUAUGUCAAAGCAAAGGAUUUUAAAAAUUAUCAGUUUUUUUCAAAUUAUGCAUGAUGGUUAUAUCUUAUUUAUGUUAUCAAUUGGACUUUUUUUACUUGAAAUCAAAGCUCUAACAAUUCAUUAUAAUGUGGUGAUAACAAAACGAGUAAUAAAUAAUGUUAUUGUUUAAGACAAAUAAACAUUCAGUAUUGUUUGUAAUAUGAGGUCAGUGUUAGUAAAUCAUUAAGAAAUAUAUACAUUGCACAUAGAUUUAGAUUGUAUCAACAUUCUUUAAAAUCCUUGACAACUGGCAAGAUUCUUUAAAUAAAUAGCAGUGCUAUGAAAAAAAAAAAUCUAAUCCAAAUGAGGAAAAAAUUGUUAUCACUGAAAAACUAACUAAUAACUGAAUGAUAAAUUGCCGAGAUAGCAUGUAGAGAUAACUUGAAUAAUGUUUAAAUUAAGUUUAUUGUGGAGUAAAAUUUAGGUGUAACAGAAUAAUAUCAUGUGAAAUAAUAGCAUGGUUUUGCGAAUUGUUCUAAAUAUUUUAAACUUUAAUAAAUAAAAUUCAUAAUAACACUAUUUUUUUUAAUAUUCAUAAAUAUUAUUUUAAGAUAAGAAAGUGUGCAUAGUAUAACUAUAAAUAUGGAUUCUAGUGUGAUGUCAAACACCUCUUGUGAUGGCGGCAUAGACAGUGAUCGAAAUUCUGAUAGUAAUAGUAUGAUUGUAGAUCCUGUAAGUCUUGAUCAAAAAGAUUUAUCAUCUCGUCUAAGUAAAGGCUUUGAUUUAUCAUCUCAUUUUGUAGAAAUAGCUACAACUACGGUGAAAUCUCGUAAUAGGAGUAUUAAAAAAACAUUGACGAUGAUAUCUGAGACACAAAAAACUGAACAAUCUCCAACGUAUACGGCAGAAAAAAUGACUUCAACACAAAUCAAACCACCGUAUUCAUACAUUGCUCUUAUAACAAUGGCAAUUCUUCAAUCACCUCAAAAAAAACUUACUUUAAGUGGUAUCUGUGAGUUUAUAAUGGCUAGGUUUCCGUACUAUCAUGAAAAAUUCCCUGCUUGGCAAAACUCAAUACGGCAUAAUUUAUCUUUAAAUGAUUGUUUUAUAAAAAUACCGCGAGAGCCUGGAAAUCCAGGUAAAGGGAAUUAUUGGACAUUAGAUCCAUUAGCUGAAGAUAUGUUUGAUAACGGUAGCUUCUUGCGACGAAGAAAACGAUAUAAGAGACCACCACCACAUUAUGUCCUUCGAGAUCGUGCUAUAAUGGCUACAUUUUCAAUAUGUGGAGAUCGCAAUGGCUACCCUGUAGGUGAUCAUUCUGGAGGAUUUGCUUAUCCUGGUGUUUCUUCUAAUGCUUAUCUUACUCCUCCACAUCGACUUCCAAUCCUCGAGUUUCCACCGUCGACGCUAGAAGCUCUUAAAUUGAGUGCUUUUAUAGAAACGCCACCACCACUGUACAAGCCUGUACCAAUUAUUGCACCUCAUCAACAUAUUCGUCAAUUAGUUAAUAACACAACAUCAGCACUUCCAAUGACAAUGACGACAAUGACGAGUAUUCCUGGCCGACUUGCUAUUUCUGUAACUUCUGGUGCUGUUGAUAAAAAAACAAGCUUCAGCAUAGAAGCCCUUAUCGGCAAAAAAACUCAGUCAGAUCAAAACAUUAAUGAUCUCCUUGAUCUUAGUCCCUCUGAGCAACGAGAAAUAGGCAGUCAAGCAUCUGCUUUUUCACCACUUGUUUAAUCAUCUUUGAUUUUAGAAUGAAAGAUGAUUAGAAGACCAUCAAUUAGUGUGAGUGUUUAUUGAAUAUUACUUCGUCAAUUUAAAGAAAUUUCAAAGUUUAUAUUCUACCGAUGAUAUAAUGUUAAAAUAAACUAGGUGAAUUUUUUACAUCAUUAAUAAUACACUCCUCACGUAUGAUACAUGUGAACACAUUAUUAUUGUGAAAGACAUUACUUUGAUGCAAACAAGAUAUAACAAUUUUUGUAAGUGUAUAAAAACUUAACCAAUUGAAUCAAUAAUUUUUUUCAGCCAUUUCUGGAAUGGCAUUAACUGAACAUUAUUAAAUAAUAGUUAAACUCUGUAUUUAUGUUUCAAAUAUAUUGUUGCUGUAUUUCUUUAUAAAAUCGCGAUCAUAUUUAUAUAAUAAAGUUCAUCCUUAUGUU